AUGUCGCUCGCGUUCGAGCGCGCGCGCGCGACGUCGACGAGCGCGUCGCUCGCUCGAACGCCGAGAAACGCUCGACACGCAAACGCGUCGUCUCGGCGCUUCUCUCGCGCGCGAGCGUCCGCGAGCGACGACGCCGAGGCGUGGGAAAAGUUCUACGCCGCGCACAGUCGCAACGGCGCGUCCGCGGACGUGCGCUUCUUCAAGGAUCGACACUACCUGCGAAGGGCGUUCGGGGAGCUGGUGGACGCGGACGCGCGCGCGCAUCCGGAGACGUUUCGCGCGGCGUUGGACCCGAAAACGCUUGGAGACGUGGACGAGAGCGACGUCGUGGACGUGUUGGAGCUCGGGUGCGGGGUCGGGAACUCGGUGUAUCCGUUAAUUCGAGCGAAUUUGAACAUGCGCGUGACGGCGGUGGACUGCUCGCCGACGGCGGUCGCGACGCUUGAGAAGAGUCCGGAGUUCGACCCGAGGCGCGUUCGCGCGCUCGUCGUGGACGCGAGCGAAGCGAAUUCGAUGGUGGGACGCGUGGACGACGCGUCGAUGGACGCCGUGACGGCUGUGUUUUUCUUAUCGGCGCUCACGGCGAGCGGAAUGCGAAACGUCGCCGAGGAAGUUCGCCGCGUCUUGCGACCGAACGGCGUGCUUCUGUUCAGAGAUUACGCUCGAGGAGAUGUGAAGAACGCUGGUGACUCCUCGCAGUUUGUCCCGGGUCUGCGCGUCGAUUCCGCGACGGAAAGCGACCAGAUGUAUCGUCGUGGCGAUGGUACUCUUGCCGUGUUCUUCGAACCGAGCGAACUCAAUGAGGUGUUCGUAUCGGUGGGAUUAGUUGGCGCGUGCGAGAUCGUCUCGCACACUGUGACGAAUCGUAAACUCGGAGUGACCAUGGAGCGCAGAUUCGUUCAAGGUAGAUUCGUGAAGCCCGCUUGA